AUGUCCUCCUCCUCUGAACCAUCGCUUACACAACUGGCAGCAUUCUUGCAUAGUCCGUUUGCGAAGUCGCUGCUUGAAUCCCACCCAAACAAUCUACGGGAGCCGCAUUCUAUUUGGGCUAGGUGGUGGGAGUGGUCUAAAUCUCAUUCAAGAUGGAUGUCCAUUGCAAAAUACUAUGCGGCGCCUUAUUGGACUGAUUCCAUCCCGCAAGAAAUUACGGAUCUCAUUGACGUCCUGAAGUCUAUGGAAAUGCCACGCUCGCCGAUCUCUAUUCCAGGAUUGAACGAUACCGUACGGCCUGGACGCACUCGUCUUGGUUCUGGCAUGUCGCCUAAGAAGACUCACGAAGUCGACCGCAUGACAGCUUAUGUCCAAAGUCUAGUGGAUUCGCUUCACCUUCCUGGAGAUGCGAAGCCCUACUUUGUCGAUGUAGGCGCUGGCCAAGGCUAUUUAACUCGGAACCUCUGCAUCCAUUUCAACUCGCACGUACUAGCGCUAGAUGCUGAUCGUAGCCAAACAAAAGGCGCCGAAAUCCGCGAACAGAAGAUCAUGGGCAAGAAGUUCAGGCGUCAUCCCAGUGAUGAUGACAGCAAUGCCAUAGAAGCUGGCACUAUCACUCAUCAGACUGUCCACGUAGACGCCCACUCUUUAGCCGAGGUGAUAGACAGCUGGGUAUCUGGUCUGCCUGAACCAAAGUCGUUAUCGCCGAUUCCAGUACUUUUGGUGGCGCUUCAUGCUUGUGGUUCUCUCACACCCGACACGUUGCGAGCAUUUAUAGGAGCAAAGGACGGCGAUGGCACCGCACGUAUCAAUGGAGUUUCGACAGGAAAGACCUGGUAUUUUGCAGCGGCUGUCGUUGUCGGAUGUUGUUACAACCUUCUACGAGCUGAAGAUUUCCCACUGUCCCAGACCCUUUCGAACUCCACGUUCACCGACCUACCACCGUCUGCAUACCAUCUCGCCACACAGAUUCCGUCACAUUGGUUUGAUAAUGAUAGGUCGUCUACUUCGACCGCGCUUUCAGUGCGCAAGGUUGUGUGGAGAGCGUUGCUGGGACAUGCAAUCGCGGAUCCUGGGCUGGCCCUUCCGGCCCCCGAAGUCAGUGGGCAAGCGCAGAGCGGGUUAGGGUCCAAUGGAAAAGACACCGGCUCAACCGACAGACUCGUCAACGGCGGCGACAAUGCCGCAUGCGUAACUUUCAAUAGAACAGGGGCAGGAACAAUCACACAGCGUAAGCCCGCAGAGGAUGGCGAGGACGAAAGUACGGGCUCCAAUCCGGUCAUGCGGCGGCUUGGUCGUCUAGCGGAUUCUGCUUACCGGGAUUGGGAUACGUUCCUCCUUAAAGUCGGCGAGAAGCUGGGAAUAUCAGUACAAUCUUCGUUGGCGGCGACUCAAAAUGACGGGGGAUGCAAGUCCCAAUCAUUGCCCACUGCGACUCAACUUGAAACGCUGCACGUCCUGCGCUGCUUGCUGGGCCCCGCCGUAGAGACCCUCAUCGCGCGAGAUCGCAUCCAGUGGGUUGUGGAUGAAUUAGCGAAGGUGGCUAGGGAUGGAAAUGGUUUUGAUGACAAUCUAACUGUUCAAUGCAUCAAUCUAUUCGAUCAAGGAAGCGGCAGCGGAAGAAACACGGCAAUUGUCAUUGCGCCAUCUAGUGCCUUGCCAUCAUGUAGCUGA